UUGCAGUUCAAUUCCUCUUAAUCUCUGAGGAUUUCAUUUGUAAAAGAAUAAGCUUCUUUCCUUUUAGAGAGGGAAUAGACGAUGGCGAUCGAUGCGAGUCUCUUGACUCCCGAAUCUGCAGCUGAGAGAGCAGUUUCUGUAAUUGGUCUUGGUUACGAUCUAUCUAGUGAUAUCCAUCUUUCCUACUGCAAGUCUGGUCCAUUUAAUUCACGUUUGAUCGAGCUCGAUGAAACCCUAGCUCGUGACCUCGUUUUGCCUUGUGGUAUCGUUGUUCCUAAUGUACCCAAUUCAAUCAAGUGCGAUAAGGGAGAGCGCACGCGGUUUCGUUCUGAUGUUCUUUCUUUCCAUCAGAUGUCAGAGCAGUUCAACCACGAUCUAUCUUUGACUGGUAAAAUCCCCUCGGGCCUUUUUAAUGCAAUGUUUAAUUUCAAAGGGUGCUGGCCGAAGGAUGCAACAGCCACAAAAAGUCUUGCUUUUGAUGGAUGGUUCAUGACUCUUUAUAAUAUAGAGUUAGCAAGAUCUCCAAUAGUACUGAAUGAACAUGUGAAACAAGAAGUUCCAACAUCAUGGGACGCUGCUGCUCUUGCUGGGUUUAUUGAGAAAUAUGGUACUCAUGUUAUUGUUGGAGUAAAGAUGGGAGGUAAAGAUGUGAUUCAUAUUAAGCAGCUAGAAAACUCAAAUCUUCAGCCAAUGGAAGUGCAGAAACUGUUAAAGGAGUCAGCCGAUGAGAGAUUCUCUGAAGAUGUCAAUGGAAAUUUAUACUCAGGCUCUAAUGAAUUAUCAAGAAAACUAAAGGAUAAACAGUUUGUGGCCUGGGAACUUAAUACUGCAUUUGCAAACUCAAUUAGAUCAACUACUGUUUCUCACUCAAAGAAGGAGGAUAUCGUAAGCAUUCAUGUCAGGAAGGGAGGUAUUAAUAAUGGCCAAAGUCAUAAUGAGUGGAUUUCAACCAUAUCACAGUCUCCUAAUGUGAUAUUAAUGUCUUUUGUUCCAAUAACCUCCCUUUUGAGUGGUGUACGGGGUAGUGGAUUUCUAAGCCAUGCAGUAAAUCUUUACCUCCGAUAUAAGCCUCCAAUAGAAGAACUUCAUCAGUUUCUCGAGUUUCAGCUACCCAGGCAAUGGGCUCCCAUUUACAGUGAACUCCCUCUUGGUCCUCGGCGCAAGAUACGUGGUUCACCAGCACUGCAGUUCUCCUUCAUGGGCCCCAAACUUUAUGUUAACACGGUGCAGUUGCAGGUUGACUCGGGUAAUCGGCCAGUGACUGGAAUCCGUCUAUACUUGGAAGGUAGGAAGAAUGAUCAUCUAGCAAUCCAUCUGCAACACCUUGAGAUGCUUCCCAAGAGCAUUCAACUCUCUGAUGAUUACAGUCACGUGCCCAAUGAGAAGCAGAUCGAUCGAGGCUAUAUUGAAACCGUGAAGUGCAAGUUAUUUUCACACGUAUACGCGGAACCAGUUCAAUACAAUGGGGCUUGUAUAGAUGAUGAAGCUGCCUCCAUAGUGACCAAGGCCUGGUUCGAGGUUAAGAUGGUUGGGGUGAAGAAGGUCCUGUUCUUGAGACUAGGGUUCUCAAUGGUGGCAUCUGCAAAGAUCCGUAGAUCAGAGUGGGUUGGGCCUAGCACACCAUCUCGGAAAUCAGGUGCCUUCUCAAUGCUGAUCAGCACUAGGUUCAGCACACAACUUCCCCCUGAGAAGCCAAGCAAAGUGAUUGUGAACUCGGCUGUGCAUCCAGGGGGUCCACCUCUACCCUCUAGGACUCCAAAGCUGUCACACUUCCUAGAUACAAUGGAAAUAGUGAGGGGCCCGGAAGACCUGCCUGGAUAUUGGGUGGUCACCGGUGCAAAGCUAUGUGUAGAGGGUGGCAGGAUCUCUUUGAAAGUUAAGUACUCCUUGUUGACAAUAAUCUCGGAUGAUGACUCUUACUAGUUGAUGCCAAAAAGAGCUGAAGGAUUGAUUCCAAAUGC